GGAUAAUGAAAUGGUAGAGUUGGCACACUCUCUAAAGAAAGAAGAAGAGACUAUCUAUUUUUAUCUAAUGCUUUUCAUGCUUACUGUGGGCCCCAGUCCCCAUGUUCUUAAAAGGAUUCUUCAUUCAUUCAUUAUUCUCUCACGCCGCAACACCAUAUAAUAAAACAUGUCCAACUCUCACGGAGCCACUAACGCCGUCACCACCACCAACCACUCCAACAACAACACAGUUGUCGACCACCACCAGCAACCAACCACCACCGCCCUCGCCGUCAAGAAACCGCCGUCCAAGGACCGCCACAGCAAGGUCGACGGCCGCGGCCGCCGCAUUCGCAUGCCGAUCAUCUGCGCCGCGCGCGUCUUCCAGCUCACGCGCGAGCUCGGUCAUAAGUCCGACGGCCAGACCAUCGAGUGGCUCCUCCGUCAGGCCGAGCCCUCCAUCAUCGCCGCCACCGGCACCGGCACCACUCCGGCGAGCUUCUCCACCGUCUCCGACCACAAGCCCCUCCUCCCUCCCCCCACCCCCUUCAUCCUCGGCAAACGCAUUCGCCCCGACGACGACAACUCCGCCAAAGACGACACCGUCUCGCUCGUCGUUCCCCCCACGCCGCCCUCCCUGUGGGCCCUCCCUCCCCGCCCCGACUUCGGCCAGGUCUGGAGCUUCGCCGCCCCCGAACUCGUGUCGGUGUCGCCGCAGAAUUCCUUGUUUCACCACCACCACCACCACCACCACCAGCAGGCCGCCAUGGGAGAGGCCUCGGCCGCCAGGCUCGGGAAUUACCUCCCCGGCCACCUCAAUUUGCUUGCCUCGUUGUCCGGCGGCGGCCACGGGAAUUCCGGCCGGCGGGACGACGAGCCUCGCUGAAUGAAUGUCAAUUGUGAAAUUAUGAUGGAUUUGAUUGUGUUCUUCUUCGUGAUUCGUAUAUAAAUAUGUGUUAUUGUGUUUGUCGGUGGGUGGGUGACUUUGUAUUUUGUCUCUGUGACUUUGUUUUUGUGUGUGGACAAGGAGAAGGACUACUGAAGAAUGAAGAUUCUUAGUGAAAUUUUUAGGGUUAGUUUUUUUGUUUCUUUUUAAUUUUUGCUAGUUUUUUGAGUGGAUAAGUCCAUGAAUUAAGGAAUUCAAUUGGAUUAUUAGGGUUUUCCUGGUUUGGAAAACUGAUUAGGUUACUUGUUAGGAGAGAUAAUGAAUUUGUUUAGAACAUUGCUGAAGGAGAGAGUAUGAUGGUGAGAUGAAUAACUAGGGAUUGAGGCUUGGAAAUGGGUUUCAGGACCUCGAUCGAUCGGUAUGCAGAUGCAAAUGUAAUGAAAUAAAAAAUUAAUUUAAUGAUGUUAUUGUGGAAAAUGUCUCACAGAGAGUGCUUGCUUGCUCCAAGGUGAGUCAAUGAAUUGAAGGUUAAGCUUCUUGUUGCUUCUGUUUCACUUUCA